CCCUUUGCGAGAGAGAGAGAGGGAGAUCACUCUCACUAUUUCUACGCUCAAAAUCUAUAUUGUAAAGCAGACGAAAGCCGCCGACUCGAUCUGCCUUCUUUUAGCUGUUUGAAUACAUUAAAAAAUGUCGUUUGCUGCAAAUACACCUGAUAUUUCCGGCGAGCGGCAAUCUGGGCAAGACGUUCGCGCUCAAAACGUGAUGGCAUGCCAGGCCGUGUCGAACAUCGUCAAGUCUUCGCUUGGUCCUGUCGGCCUUGAUAAGAUGCUCGUGGAUGAUAUUGGUGAUGUGACCAUCACUAAUGAUGGUGCGACAAUACUGAAGAUGCUGGAAGUGGAGCACCCAGCUGCCAAGGUCCUUGUUGAGUUGGCUGAACUACAAGACCGAGAAGUUGGAGAUGGGACAACUGUGGUCAUCGUAGCUGCAGAAUUGCUUAAGAAAGCUAACGAUUUAGUUAGAAAUAAGAUACAUCCAACAUCAAUAAUCAGUGGAUACAGACUUUCAAUGAGGGAAGCAUGUAAAUAUGUUGAUGAGAAGCUGGCUGUAAAGGUAGAAAAGCUUGGGAAAGAUUCUCUUGUAAACUCUGCGAAGACAUGCAUGUCCUCAAAAUUGAUAGGUGGUGAUAGCGAUUUCUUUGCAAAUCUGGUUGUGGAAGCUGUACAAGCAGUAAAGAUGACCAAUGCCAGAGGUGAAGUUAAAUAUCCAAUCAAGGGAAUCAAUAUUCUUAAAGCCCAUGGUAAAAGUGCCCGAGAUAGCUACUUACUGAAGGGGUAUGCUCUCAACACGGGACGUGCUGCACAGGGCAUGCCAUUGAGGGUUGCUCCAGCCAGAAUUGCUUGUCUUGAUUUUAAUCUUCAGAAGGCAAAAAUGCAAAUGGGUGUCCAAGUUUUGGUCACUGACCCCAGAGAGUUGGAGAAGAUUCGUCAAAGAGAAGCGGACAUGACAAAAGAACGUAUUCAGAAACUUCUUCAGGCAGGAGCCAAUGUAAUUUUAACUACAAAAGGAAUCGAUGACAUGGCACUCAAGUAUUUUGUGGAGGCUGGUGCAAUAGCAGUGAGACGUGUUCGCAAGGAAGAUCUGCGUCACGUUGCCAAGGCAACUGGUGCUUCUGCGGUUUCAACUUUUGCUGAUAUGGAAGGGGAAGAAACAUUUGAUGCAUCACUUCUGGGACAUGCUGAUGAAGUAGUGGAGGAACGAAUUGCUGAUGAUGAUGUGAUUAUGAUAAAAGGAACCAAAACCUCAAGUGCGGUUUCAUUAAUACUUAGAGGUGCCAACGAUUACAUGCUUGAUGAAAUGGACAGGGCUUUGCAUGAUGCCAUAUGCGUUGUCAAAAGGACUCUUGAAUCUAAUACUGUUGUUGCUGGUGGAGGUGCAGUUGAGGCUGCCCUAUCUGUAUAUUUGGAGAAUUUAGCUACAACUCUGGGGUCACGGGAGCAGUUGGCCAUAGCUGAGUUUGCUGAAGCUUUAUUGAUCAUUCCUAAGGUACUUGCUGUCAAUGCUGCUAAGGACGCUACUGAUUUGGUUGCUAAACUACGAGCUUACCACCACACUGCACAGACCAAAGCAGAUAAAAAGCAUUUGUCAAGUAUGGGUCUGGAUCUGAUAAAUGGUACCGUUCGGAACAACUUGGAAGCUGGAGUUAUUGAGCCUGCAAUGAGCAAAGUGAAAAUAAUCCAGUUUGCUACUGAAGCUGCUAUUACUAUUCUCCGGAUUGACGACAUGAUCAGGCUUGUUAAAGACGAGAGCCAGAAUGACGAGUAGGGGUUGCAACUUGGUUAUAAUUCGUAGGCUAUUUUAUCACAUCGUAACAGUAGUAUAACUAUGCAUAUUCUAUCUUUUGAUAUCCUAGUGUUUUCGAAACAGAAUUUUGAAUUUACACAUGGCGCUGUCUAUGAUGUUUUUAUGUACAAGUAGUAGUACAAUUUUUCAAUUUUCAUGUCAUGAAGUGAAAUCAUGACUUUUAUAACA